AUGCUAACAGAACCCAAGUAUGAUCGUUUUUGGAACGACGCGCUGACGCCCUCCGAGAAGCCAGCCAUGAGCAGCAAGGUCACCGCGGCCACCCCGUCCCCGUCGCCCCCCGGCACCUCCCUGGCCCACCCUUGCCCUCCUCCGCUGGGCGAGGAGCAGGAGGCUGUGACCACUUUCUGCAUGUUGAUCCCUAAAAUGCCCCAAUGGAAAUUCUCCAGCCCCGCGGGCUUCCUCAGCCGCAGCCCUUCCAGCGCCAGCAAGGAGCUGUCGGCCUCGGCCAAAAUGGGGAGCCCGGGAGAAACCGGGACCAGUUCUGCAUCGCCCUCAUCCUCUUUGGGCCUGGCCGCCGUCCUCAGCGCCUGUGAGCCAGUCUGUGCCGCACCCUGCAGCUUGCAGGUGAUGAACAGGCUGAGAGGAGGGGCCAGGGGUGGGCGGAAGGCUUCCCAGGCCGAGGGGGCCAAGCUGGCCGGGGAAGAGUGGAGCCGGAAAGGCAGCUUCAUCAGCAAGCCCGUGCAGGGCUGGCUGCACCCCGACGAGAGAGUUUUGGGCCCCGGAGUCUCCUACAUGGUUCGGUACAUGGGAUGCAUUGAGAUCCUGCGCUCAAUGAGGUCUUUGGAUUUCAACACUCGGACACAAGUCACCAAGGAAGCCAUCAAUAGGCUCUAUGAGGCCGUUCCAGGGGUCAAGGGAACUUGGAAGAAGAAGGCUCCUAACAAGGCGCUCUUCUCCAUUCUUGGCAAGACCAACCUCCGCUUUGCUGGCAUCAGCAUCAUUGUGAAUAUUUCCAUUGACGGACUGAACCUCAUGAUCCCCACAACCCGCCAGAUCAUCGCGAAUCACCACAUGCAAUCCAUCUCCUUUGCUUCAGGGGGCGAUACGGACACAACUGACUACGUGGCAUACGUUGCAAAGGACCCCAUCAACCAAAGAGCAUGCCACAUCUUGGAAUGCUGUGAUGGGCUGGCCCAAAGCGUCAUCAACACCGUGGGGCAGGCUUUCGAGCUCCGCUUCAAGCAAUAUCUCCAUAGCCCCCCCAAGAGCGUGGCGCCGCAGGACAGAGCAAUGGGAACAGAAGAUACCACCUGGGGCGAGGAUGACGAGGCCUCUGAACACGACUACUACAACAGCAUCCCAGGAAAGGAGCCGCCUCUUGGGGGCCUGGUGGACUCCCGCCUCUGGCACGGCAUCUCCCUCUGCCAUGCAGCCACGCAGCUUUCGUGCAGCAGCCAUGCCGGCCAGGUUGGAAGUCCUGCCAGGAGAGACCACAGCAGUCACUCAAAUUUGCACUGGGACGCUGAUCCACAUGGCCAGAGCUGCGACGGUUACCUGCAGGCAGAUGGGAAGCUGCUGUGCUCCCGCGACUAUGAAGAGCACAUGUACGUGAACACCCAGAAUCUGGAGAACAGCGAGGCAGAUGCCGGGGGGCACCGAGGGCCUGAAGAGAGCCCCCCCAAAGACCUGUUUGAUAUGAGGCCUUUUGAAGAUGCUUUAAAGCUUCAUGAGUCCAUGUCAGCUUGCGGGGGGGAUAGCAGCCCCCUGAUCGAGGACCAGUGGCCCAGCCCCCCAACCCGGAAGGCCCCGAUCGCCCCCACAGAAGAUCAGCUGAAGCAGGAGCCCUGGUACCAUGGCAAGAUGAGCCGUCGGGAUGCGGAGAAGUUGCUGCAGAUGGAUGGGGACUUCCUCGUGAGGGACAGCAUUACCAACCCUGGCCAGUACGUCCUGACAGGCAUGCACAAUGGGCAACCCAAACAUUUGCUCCUGGUGGAUCCCGAAGGAGUGGUGAGAACCAAGGAUGCCUUAUUCGAAAGCAUCAGCCACCUCAUUAACUACCACCUACAAAACCAACAGCCAAUUGUGGCUGCCGAGAGUGAGCUGCACCUACGGCAGGUGGUGAAAUGGAAGCUGUGA